CUACACCUUUUCGCGCAUGUUUUACGCGUCACUGUUAACAAACCGGACUGUUUUCGACGUAAAGUGCAAAAGGUGAAUUUAUUUAUUUGAUUUGCUGUCAUUUGUUGGUAUCUGCGUCCUUCAGUUUUAGUUUAAUGAGUUGACAACGCGCAGGAUAAAUGCCUUGACUGUAUUUACAACUGCGGCGCACAUGAGGAGCAUCAUGCUGGUCGGGCGAGCGCCAAAUCCAAAACACCAGUGUUGAGAUGUGAAAUAUGGAGUCGUUUGUGAUGCGAAACAAACUCAAACGGACUAAAACGUGUAAGCCAAGACUCGGUCCAAGGAAAGACCAUGUACAACCCGAUGUGGUAGUCAUAUCAGAGUCAAGCUGCUCUGACGAUGAGGCCUCACCAGAGAGACACUCAGCCCUGCUCCUUGAGGAGGACACAGCUGGUCCGAGUGAUGCUGCGGGCAUCACCACUGGAAAAGUUCAGCCACUGCUGGAGGAGAGGAGGUGCACGCCUGAAAUUAAACUUGCACCCAUUUUCCUGCGUGCAAACAAGCAUGCCAAGGGUAAAGGGGAGCCUGAUCAGUCCAUACGGAAGCCGACACUGCUGCAGAAACCAGCUGCCGCUCAACCAGGGGGAAGUCAGCAGGAUUUGUCACCACCUGCACACCCAGUUUCUCAGCUGACGGAGAAAGAUGGGUCCUCCAGCUGCAGAGAGAGUCUGGAGGAAAUCAGAGCAUCUAACCCAGCGUUUCCCGUCCGAAGAGUUUUCCUCAGCCUGCAGAAGAGAGGCGCUCAAAGUGUGCAAGAUCACAAAACCUCAGGAGAGAAGAGGAAGCGAGCAAAUGAAGGCGAUAUCUCAGACAAGGUAUCCAAGCGUCAGAGGUGUGGCCUUGUUGUGGAAGAGGCCGGUGAUGCGGGUCAUCCUGCUCCAUGGAUGAAGAGGCAGCCCGGAAGAAGCAAGCUAAGCCGCACUCACAGACUGAAGCAGCAAACGGAGAGCAGAGGCCUGCAUAACAACCAUGAGCUGAAAUCUGGACAGACGAGUCAUACAGAACCAGAGAGCCAGUCACUCAUUUCCUCCCACUGUCUCCAGAGAGCUUCCAGUAUUGAGGAUGUGCUCUGGACCGAAAAAUACAGCCCUCAGCACUCAAACGAAGUCAUUGGUAACACUGCCUCAGUUAAUAAACUCCGCAGUUGGUUAAAGAAAUGGAAACUGAGAGCUGACUGUGACGAGAGGAGAAAAGAGGAGGAAAGGAAACAGGAAGAAAACAGCAAUGACUCAUGGGACUGUGGGGACUUCCAGGGUGAGACCGGGUCAGAGGAGGAGGGAGAGGAGCCGCUUUGUAAUGCCAUGCUGAUCACAGGACCUCCAGGAGUUGGCAAGACUGCCUCUGUAUAUGCCUGUGCUCAAGAGCUGGGCUUCAAGGUGUUUGAGGUGAACUGCUCCUCCCAGCGUAGUGGCCGUCAUGUUCUGUCCCAGCUGAAGGAGGCCACUCAGUCCCACUUAGUGGAGACGUCAGGAAAAGACCCCCUCAAACCGGCUUACCUGAACAACUACAACUCCACCAGCUCAGCUAAAUCUGACCCUUUACCUGCAAGAACGGCUUCCAAAAAUGUCACCUGCACCUCAAAAAAGGGAUCAGGGCAGAUCAGUGGCCGCUCUGGUCGCAAAAGAAAGUCUAAUCCAGCCACAAUUACUUUGGCCAACUUCUUCAAGAUGAAAGCCAAAGCAGACAACUUACUCUUGGGUGGCUUGUCAUCAGAGAAGCCAGACAGGGAGAAAAUACACAAUGCAGCACCUGACUCUGGUGAAACAGUGUCACAGAGCAAAAAGACCGCCACAUCACUAAUUCUGUUUGAAGAGGUUGAUGUCAUAUUUGAUGAUGAUGUAGGAUUCCUCGCAGCCAUCAAGACUUUCAUGACGACCACCAAAAGACCUGUUAUUCUGACCACCAAUGAUCCCUUAUUCGGAGAGAGAUUUGAUGGUAACUUGAAAGAAAUCAUUUUCAAAACACCUUCAGCGGUGAAUGCGUGCAGCUACCUCCAGCUGGUGUGUUUGGCUGAGAAUGAGAGGCUGGAGUUGGACGAUAUCACUAGUCUCCUCAGGCUGUCCCGAGGGGACGUCAGAUGCUGCCUGCUCCAGCUGCAGCUCUGGGUGCACAGCGGUGGGGGACAGACGUCUCAGAGGAAAUCCUUGCCUAAAGAACCCACAGAUAUACACGGCUCAAAUGUUACUGAAGGCGAAGACAAGUCAGACUCCCAUCUUCCUCCCUGUGACAUGGAUUGCACAGCUUUGAUGCUUGGCCUCCACACUGUGACCCGACAAAGUCUAUUGCACUUGCUAAAGUCCUGGACUGAAACAGAUAUGGACAAGCUUGUGAAAUUCCUUGCUGAGAGCUGGAGAAGAGGUGUUCCUCUGAUGUACUCCAACCUGGAGCUCCUCCUCCCUCUGCCCUUCAGCGCCCAGGGAGCCUCAGUUGAGGUGAUUCAGCAUGAGCUGCAGAGUGAGCUAACGCCCCCUGACAUCCAUCCUCACAUCCAACAUCUGGACUGGGAUGUUCAUCUAAAGGCAAUGGCAACUAACAGCAACUCAAUUAAGAACCUCUCCAGGCUUAGCAGAAGGAAAAAUAUGGACUCCAGAUCUUCCAGUUUGACACUAAAACCAGACAGAACCUCAUUAUCAAUGAAGAGGACUCAAUUGAGAGCCUCAAGUUUACAUAAGACUGAACAAACUGCACCCAAACUGGCAACCCGCUGUUUGGAUGCCUUAACCCGCUUCUUUGACCUCAUGUCAUACCUCGAUGCCACAAUGCCAGCUGCAAAAGUUCUUGUAUUGGACUCAUGGAGACCAGAGGAGUUUGUCUGGACUGGAGCAGAGAUCACGAACAGCCUUUUGGAUGAGAUAAGAGAAGAGCAAGGCAGGAGAUAUGACCAAGAGAGGCUGCUGGAGAUUUGGGCUGUUGCUGAGAGCUUGGGGUUUCACAGCUGCUGGUGGAGGGUGUCCGAGGUGUGGACUGAAGCCCAGAGAUGCAGACAGGAGCUGGGGGAGCAAAGUUGGGCGAGGCUGGUGGACAGACUCACAAUUCCUGUCUCAUCCCAUAGACAGAGCCUCACCUUUGAUUUCCAGCCUCUCUGUGCUCCAAGUGUUGCCCAGAGAAGGUUUGAGCUGAGCAGGACGUUGGUCAGCGGCCCGUCCCUCAGCCUGCUGGGGAACAGACAGGCUGUCAGCGUCGACUAUAUGCCUGUCCUCCGCCUCAUCUGUCGCUCUGACAGGGCACGGCAGCACGGAGCCGAACCAACCAGGUUUGUGAACUACUUCAGCAGCAGUCGCCUGGGCCUCUCCAAGUCAACUGUUCAACUCCUGGCAGAGGAUUUCCCAUAGAGAGCAGCCCGGACAAAAUGACAGAAACUAACUCACUACAUUACCUCAGUGCUCACU